AUGGAGAGCCCCGAGUUUGUUGCCGGCGUGCGGACCCACGCCGCGAACGGUACCGGCGCCGGCCCUACUAGCGUCAAGCGCAAGCGUAGCACCGUGGACAGCAGUCCGGCCAGUGCCGCUGAUCACGACAGCGCCGAGGCGCACGAUCAAGAACACCGUGAUCAUGAGGACCGUCACCCGCAGGGCGAGGCCUCGCCAGAGACCAAGACACGACGCUUGCCUGGUGUGAAGCGUGCUUGCAACGAGUGUCGACAGCAGAAGCUCCGUUGCGAUGUCGUCCAAGAACCUUUCCAGAGUUGCUCGCGUUGCAACCGUCUUAAGCUCGAGUGUAAGAUCGAGUCUAACUUUAAGCGCAUUGGCAAACGUUCCAAGCAUGCCGAAAUGGAGAAGGAGAUCGAGCGCCUUCGCCGCGCCGUCCAGAUAGCAAAAGCGCAAGGCUUUGUUCUUGAGGAUGAAGAAGAAGCCAUGCAGUCUCAGCUGCAGUCACCCGCUGUUGCCAGCCACUACACACAUACCCGCAACCCCUCCUUGAUAGGCUCGGAUGAGGCCGUAUCAUCGCUUCUGCACCUCAAGCGGGGCGGUGGUGCCUACAUUAUGCCGCGUAUCGUUCGCGAGCUUGACGACUUCAGGCUCACUGAGGAUGAAGAACGCCAACUGUUUCACCUGUACUGGACCUGCUAUCACCCAUUCCUGCCAUUCCUGAACGAAAAUCAAACUCCAGAUCAGUAUUACCAACAGCAUGCCUUGCUGUACUGGGCCAUCAUAGCUGUUGCAAGCAGGCGGUUUGGUCCAGAUCCCACGGCCAUCCUCAACAAGCUGGCCACUCCCUUGAACAAGCUGCUGUGGACCACUAUUGGUGAUGUUCCCCAGACCUAUUAUGUCGUCAAGGCGCUUUGUCUCCUCUGUGCUUGGCCUCUGCCGACCAGCACAACGUCGUCUGACCCCACACAUAUACUCUGUGGUGUCAUGAUGAAGGCGGCCACCGGCCUCGGCCUGCACCGGCCAAACCAUAUCAAUGACUUCUCUCGCUUCGCUGUGGAACUCAACAAAGAAGGCCUACAUGACCGCAUCAAGACAUGGGCGGUAUGUAAUAUUGUGGCUCAGACUGUUGGAACGGGCUAUGGCCAGCCAGCGUCUACAUUGUACGACUGGACUUUGGCUGUGCGGCCCAACGACUCGGGGCCUUACUCGCUGGGCCCUGAAUUGGAGGCUAGAUUGCAGAUUGAACGUUUCUGCGAUAAAGUCUCCAAGGAGAUGUACAGCUGUGCCAGCGACCCUCGCGGUGUUGCUGGCGAUGAGCACCGCGCCAUGUUGAUGCGCGUGUACAGGCGAGAGUUCAAUGAGCUCCAGGCCUCAAUUUUGUCCCAGAGGUUGUCGCCUGUUGUGGUUCUUCAUCUUAAAGCUGCUGGUCUUCACCUCCGUCUAGCAGGCUUCUUCGACUCAAGCAGCACGCCGGGUUACAUGGAUGAUUUGAUGGCUCUCUGGAGGGCAACCACAAGCUAUUUAGACUAUAUCCUUGGUCCUUCAAGGGAACAGCGGGAGCAAUGCCCUGAGGAGUACAGGUACCAACUCCAAGACGGCUACCUCCUGAAAUAUGCCACAAAUUACAUCCAGCAAAUGCUGGUCGCUGCAGGCUUCUCCCUGCUCAAACUCAUGCGCUCGUUCUUUGUCAAGCAGGUUGACUACGCGCGAGGCAAAGAUCUCUUUCACAGGACCAUUCAGGCUAUUAGACAGACUAGUGUGGUUCAUAACGACCUGAACUGGAGGUUAGCUGAGUUGAUGGUUAUUCUCUGGAAUGGUGCCAAGAUCAAAGACCCUGCGGCGCUGCCCGACGAGCCAGAGAUAGAUGACAGUCUUCAACUUAAGGUCCGCUGCCGACACAGCAUGAGUCUGGUGUUCGAUUCCAUCUGGCACUGGAGGGAAGAGUACCAGGCCAGAGGACGAGGCACGCUCGACGCCUCGUCGACUCAUUUAGACAGCACCCUGGCUUCGUCAACUCAGGCACUUCCUAACGCUUUUGGCCUUACAGCGGCCUCUAACGGUUCCCUGACACCCGGCGCUAGCGGCGUGGCCAUGGCCAACGGCGCCCAGGGCUCUAUACUGGGCAGCGGCAUGAACUAUGACAGUACCUACGACCUGUGGGAUCCUCAGCACUGGAUGUUGGACGGCCUUCUCGAUUUCAACUAUACCUUUGCUCCGGCCAUAGAAGGUGCCCAGUGA